AUGGACAAUGAUGUACCGUUCAGCUCCUUCUGUAAUGCGCUCCUCGAGAUUCGACAUACGGUCAACAACAAAAUGAAGACAGAGGCAUUGAACAAAUUCAUAAAUAAUCAUGGAAUUGAGCGUGAGAAGGCGACGAAUGUUCGAGAGUUCUUGCGGUCUGCGGAAAACGAAGAGCUAAACGAAUUUCGAUCAGGAGUGCUCCGUCUACGUCAAAAGAUUGCAAGAGUCUUGGAUUUGAAAGUCAUUGAUAUCAUCAUAUCUGACUCUGGGAACAACUACAAAAGCCUUCGCGAGUUGAUCAUUCCGAUUAGUGAGAGAUUCAGCCCGCAAUCCAGUUUCAAAUUGGGGGAAGUUAAUCAAAAGCUCAAGCAAUUGAUGGGAAGCAAAGAUGCAGAGGAAAGUAAACUUUUACGAGAACUUUUCGAGAACUGCAUCGCCGGGGAAUUAUUAUGGAUUUUUGCAGUGAUGACAAAAAGCAUUGUGACUUCGCUAAAUUGGGAUAUUGGAUGUUUGCGAGAUGCUUUGAAUCCAAGAGGCAAUGAAGAAUUUAAAAGAAAUCGAGAUAUGAAGAGAAACAAAGAAGAACACAGCGACACAUAUCCAUUAAUGUGCAACUUUGAACCAAUGCUGCUUUCAAGACUAGACAUUGACGACUGGUACAAAAAAAUAGCGGCUCAUUCGGGCAUAAACUUCUUUAUGGAAUUGAAAUUCGAUGGAGAACAUGUUGUGAUCCAUAAGAAAGGCGACUGUUGGCGGGUUGUUACUAGGAAUGGGAAAGAUUUUACUAAAUAUUACGAUGGAACUAUUGGCAAGAAAAAUCUGCUCGAGUCAAUUAAACCAUUCUUGCGAUCAACUGUAGAUGAAGUAGUCGUCGAUUGUGAGCUAAUGCUUUACGACGAAGUUGCGAAAAAAUUGGUGCGACAUCAUCAGGAAUGUGCGGAUGGAAAAACGUACAACUAUCAGCACAUAGAGCCAAAUGACCCCGUCCAUUUGGUCGUUGUUGUCCUCGAUUUAAUGUACUUGAAUGGUCACAACUUUAUGGGUACGCCUUUUGAUAAACGCCUUCAGGCCAUGGACUCGCUUUUAUUAAAGAAACAGGAUCCGACUGUUAUCUACAUUCCAGAGCGCAAAAUUGGAAAUUCAAAGGAAGAUGUGAAAGCUUAUUUCAAAGAAGCAAUGAUGAAUUGCGAUGAAGGAAUUGUCAUCAAACGUCGCGAGACACUCUAUGAACCUGGUCACCGUUUGCUCAGAAAUGGAUGGUUUAAGGUUAAAGCUAACUUGACGGAAGGAGCACACCUGGAUGUUGCCGUUGUCGGAGUAAAAUAUGAAGGGACCUCUCGAGAACAACAGUUAGUGAUCGCUGUCAAAAGACUUCGCUUCGAUAAAGAGGAACUUGAAGAGGAUACCAGCUUUGAUCUUAAAGUCAUAGGAGCAGUUGGAGCUGGAUUAACGCAAAAUGAACGUCGUUGGAUCAUCGAUGAAGCUACCAGAAUGGGGAACCUUUUAAAAUCGCCACCCGCCGGAGUUUUUGGUUCCGAUAUUGCUGAUGGUGGAUACUUUCGUGAUUGGGAUGAUUUUCAGGUUGUUGAGGUGAGAUGUGCGGGAAAACAGGGUGGCGCACUUCAACAUGCUGGAAUGAUUCGGUUAAGAGAUGAUAAAGAUGUCAAGACUAUAGAUUCAUACCUUGAUUUCAAGCGAUUGGAGGACAAGAUAAAAAGUGGUCAUUUACCCGAAUUGGAUGCCGAAGCGGAGAUGGCGAGGACAAAUCGAAAAAGAAAAGUUCAAGUGGCAUUGUCAAAGACUAAAAUUGCUUCAGAAGGCGCAACAGUUGCAAAAGUUGUGAAGCAUAGCAACAGUCUGGAUGGUGUUGUUGUAAGCGUAAUUCCAGGAAAGAACGAUAAGCGCUACAAAACUCUUAUUGAAAUUCUGAAGAGUUUUGGUGCUCAAGUUCAAUUGAUUCCAGAUGAAGGCACGAACUUUUUGGUAGCCGAAGCUAAGGCUGUUCCGCAAACCACAAAAAGAGUCAAAGAAGCUAAAUGGACUGUGAUCGAUGGUGUCUGGGUUGAAAGAUGUCAACAGAAAAAAGAAAUCGUUGAAUGGGAGCCAAGUGAUGUGAUCUAUGGAAAGGCCGAUGGAUUUAAUCUGAAUCUUCGAGUU